AAACCGGUGUUCAUAUUGAACGUCGCUUUCAGCGAGACAAAGAAAAAUUUGAUGGUUAAAUUUUUGGAGCUCUAAUAACAGAUUUACAAAAUACACGUGUUCAGUGUUGUAUCAGCGAGUUCAGGAAAAAGUCGUUUAAACGAACGAGGAGAAAUGGACAACGAUCAUGAUCUCACUCACUUGUCGUACAAGGAGCUUCAAGCACUUGCUUCGGUGUAUCAGGUGCCUGGUAAUAUUAAGAAGCAUUUGCUGAUUAGGACACUGCAAGCGAAACAAAGUGGAAAUCAGCUUGAAGUCGAACGAAUGCUCACAGAGGUUCGACAGACCCGGAAAAAGAGAGUUAAGAAACAAAAGCUGACUAAUAUGGGCGUACCGUCUCCAAUUCACAGUCCGAAUUACAGAGUUACUGAUGAUCGUUACUACGCGAGACAUCAGCCGCCGUAUCAAUGGGUAGGAGCGGAGGAAGAAAUAACAAUGAAAGAAGACGGCGUGAUGAAAGUCCCAAAUUACAUGGAAUUUCAGCAAUUCUUGUUCCAUCGAUUACAAAGAGAUCAAUAUCAAAUGUUGCAUAGUUUGAGCGAGAAUGAAGUUGGGCAAGGUCCCUCCAUUGUGGAUCUUCGUACAGGUGCAGGAUCAUCUGUACCUCAUUUACUGAACAUGGAAACUGAUAACGUUAAAUCAAGCGUGACGAUGGAUCCGAACAGCUUCGAUCGUCCUUCGAGUGAGAUGGAGUUACAAAUAAUCGAAAAUCCGAACGAAAACAACCAGACGAGGCCUGAGUUAUUGAAGAAGUUAUUGGAGGCACCAGUAGGUGCGAAUCUCGGUGAGAUUGCGAGUCCAGAUGCGAAUUCCCCGCGGAUUUGGUCCGUCGAUCAAUAUGCAAAUAGUGGCAAUCCCGUGGAUGAUUCGGACACGCUUACCGCAGAAUCGGACACCGAAAAUGACGAGCUCUGGGAUCCAAGUAACAAUAACAACAACAACAACGACAACAACAACAGCAACAACGCUAUGCAUUAUUACGACGCACUGAAUAAUUCGAAGAAUUAUUCAUAUUCAAACGGUUCCGAAACAUUGAGCAGAAACAACGAAAGUAUUGGUCAAUUGCGUAACAGUUUUUCGAGUGGAACGAUACAGCAGUAUUCAUUCGGCUAUCAUCAAGUAACCGAUAUUCAGUCAAACUGCGACAAGUGGAUCGCAACGAAUAAUUUUGUUAAUCGUGAUUCCAGCUACACUGAACACAUCACCGAAAAUUCUCGGUUCUACAAUUCAGUUUACUAUGAAAAUAAUGUUGCCAGUUCGAGCAUCACCAGGCCAAUUAAUCUGGAUCGAAAAUUCCAGUUCAAUGGGCCAAACGAGAGUCUCAAUUAUGGAGAUAACCAAACGGCUCUUCAUGGACAACGUUUCAAUUGGUCCACUGAAACUCAUCCUUACUAUCAGAACCACAGUGCACUGACAAAUCCUUCAGGAAUUACCAAUGAUCCAUAUUCUCAACAAAUCACUAAACAAAUCAUCCUUGAUUCUAAUCGAGAGUAUUGUGUUCAAGGAUCAAACGAAAUCAACACUGUUCAAAAUCCUUGCCAUGCAGAAAUCCAGUCCGUACCUGAGACCCAAUUUUCUGGUCAUGCUUACAACAGAGAUUCUGCUGCAACUCCCUUUCACAGUCAACAUGAGAAUAACAACGAUACGCAGUAUUAUUCGAAUUACUAUCCUCAGUAUUCUCACCAACAUACUGAACACUUGGCUACCUUUUCCGGAACUAUAAAUCCGAAUCAACAGUAUCACCAAACUAACGGCAUCGCACAAGAGACAGACACUCAUAAAAAUCCCACUGAAUCUUCAACAACCCAGACCGUCUCCAACGGGGUUCUUGAUCCCUAUUGGCCACGAUGGCCGAUGAAUGCGGCCGCAACUUCAACCGGGAAUCUGGAGACGAUCCUAAACCUCCACGGCCGUAACAAUAGCGGUUUUGAUUAUUCAAAGAAGAACGAAACGUCAUGCGUUUUUUGUUACACCGCGCCAAUCGUAACGCAAAGGAUAGAGGCGUCGAAUACGUUGUGUACGCCGAGCAAACCACCGAUCGCGGAGAGCCGACAGCAUUUGUUCACACCGAACGUGUUGGUUUAUAACGAUGCUUCGACCGGCAUGAUAAUGGCGAAUAUGAGCGAAUCUUCGAACAGCGUCGAGAAUCACUCUCAGGAUCCGUUGAAAAUGGAAAAUUUAAAUUUGAGCAAAGAUCGCGAUUACGAGCUCGGAGUUUCCGACGGUUCGAGCGACGAUUCCAUAAACGACGUUUGGAUUCAUGACUAUGGAAAUUAUCCGGUGAGUUCGGACAAUGCGUUGCACAGUGCCGAAUUGACCAAUGACGAAAACGACGACGAUUUGUUCUCGACGGUAAGGGAUUCCUCGCAAAAUUCCAUCGGUGAUCAAACCAUCGAAAACUUCACUGACAUGAGUUACUAGACAUCCAAUAAUCAUUGCCCUAAAUGCUCAACCACUUUGGAAAAUACCAUUUGCUCAUUGCGUCAUUUGUUAGUACAAAUAAUCGUGUUUCUUUAAUAACAUCACUAUUAAAAAAAAUUAAGUUACGCGGUAUGUGAAACAUAGAUUAUCGUCAUUGAAUAUGUAUAUCAAUCUUAAGUACAAAGUACAUCGUGUCAUUCAGUAGUGCGGUUCUUGUGACCUUAUAUCCUCAAAUGGAAUGUAAAUUCGAUCUCCAUUGAGUACUUGCAAGUAUUGUUUAAUCGUUAAUUAUUGAUUUGAAGAAACGAAAACGGAAAAAACUAUGUUUUUUCAUGAGUUAUCACAUUUUGUAUACAAGUUUCAUAACUUUUUUUUAAAUAUCUAUAAUAAAUAUGAAUUUGACACUGCA